GUGGGAAGUCGCACUGACACCGAGCCGGGCCAGAGGGAGCCACGCCGAGCGCGGCGCGGAGCCGGGGGACUCGUGUGUGCUGAGCGCCGGACCCCCGGGGAUGGGAGCUGGCCUCGGGGCCUGAGCCCGGCCCCCCGCCCCCCCGCCAGGAGCCCCGCCCCGGCCGCCAGGUUCUCACUCGCCCACCCGUCUCUCUGGGACCAGGAGCGUAGCCAAGGAGGACAUGCUGGCCGUCCGCUGCGCGCUGCUGGCGAUCCUGCUGGCCGCGCCGGGGGAGGCGCUGGCCCCAGGGAGCUGCCCUACGCUGGAGGUGGCGAGUGGUGUGCUGACCAGCCUGCCGGGGGCCAGCGUUACCCUGACCUGCCCAGGGGGAGAACCAGCAGACAAUGCCACUGUUCACUGGGUGCUCAGAAAUCUGGUCGCCAGCUCACUCCACACCAGAUGGGCCAGUGUGGGCAGGAGGCUGCUUCUGAGGUCGGUGCAGCCCAGUGACUCUGGAAACUAUUCGUGCUACCAGGAUGGCCACCCAGCUGGGACUGUGCACCUGCUGGUAGAUGUUCCCCCAGAGGAGCCCCAGCUCACCUGCUUCCGGAAGAGCCCCCUCAGCAAGGUUUGUUGUGAGUGGAGUCCUCCGAAGCCCCCUUCGCCGACGACCAAGGCUGUGCUAGUAGUGAGGAAGCUUCAGUACAGUCCACUAGAAGAAUUCCAGGAGCCCUGCCAGUAUUCUCAGCAGUCCCAGAAAUUCUCCUGCCAAUUGGCAGUCCCGGAGGGAGACAAUUCUGUCUACAUAGUGUCCUUGUGCGUAGCCAACGGCGUUGGGAGCAAGUCCAGCAAAACCCAGAUAUUUGAUGGUUAUGAAAUCCUGCAGCCCGACCCACCGGUCAACAUCACGGUCACUGCCGUGGAUGGAAAACCUCGCCGGCUCAGUGUCACCUGGCAAGACCCCCACUCCUGGAACUCAAAUUUCUACAGACUACGCUUUGAGCUUCGAUACCGGGCUGAACGGUCAAAGAUAUUCACAACAUGGAUGGUCAAGGAUCUACAGCAUCACUGCAUCAUCUACGACGCCUGGAGCGGCAUGAGGCAUGUGGUGCAACUUCGGGCCCAGGAGGAGUUUGGGCAUGGCUUGUGGAGUGAGUGGAGCCCGGAGGCCAUGGGCACCCCGUGGACAGAAUCCAGGAGUCCUCAAGCUGAGAUGGUGUCCCCCUCCACGCAGGCACCUACUACUGUUGAUGAUGAUGAUGAUGAUGAUGAUGAUGAUGAUGAUGAUGAUGAUAAUAUUGAUAAUAUUCUCCCCAGAGAUUCUGCAAAUACAACAAGCCUCAAAGGGCAGGAUUCUUCUCUGGUACCACUGCCCACAUUCCUGGUGGCUGGAGGCAGCCUGGCCUUUGGAACGCUCCUCUGCAUUGGCAUUGUCCUGAGGUUCAAGAAGACGUGGAAGUUGCGGGCUCUGAAAGAAGGCAAGAUGAGCAUGCACCCGCCAUAUACUUUGGGGCAGCUGGUCCCCGAGAGGCCCAAGCCCACCCCAGUGCUUGUUCCCCUCAUCUCCCCGCCAGUGUCGCCCAGCAGCCUUGGGUCUGACAACACCUCAAGCCACAGCCGGCCAGAUGCCAGAGACCCACGGAGCCCUUAUGACAUCAGCAACAAAGACUACUUCUUCCCCAGAUAGCUGACGGGUUGGCUGUCAGAUGUGCUGGACCGUGUGAUGCCGGAGCACAAGCUGGCUUAGCCAAAGAUGCCUCUCACUGCCAUUCCAGCUCAUCUCAGGGGCGUGGGGCCUUGGGCCUCACUGUUACAGAAAAACCUACACUGGGUGAAGAUUGGUUUGCUGCCUCUGUUCAGAACGAAGAAGAGGUUGAGUUUUCAAACCUGCCUUCCCAAAUGCUCUGCUUAAAGGGGUAGAGUGAACUCAAGCCACCAUGAAGAGAGCCGUGUCAGGACUCUCAGGCACUCAGGUGGGCAGAGCGGGGUAGCUGGGGAGGCCUUGGUGUGGAGAAGUCACUGGCCACCCACGCCCUUUCUCCCCAUCCCCACAAGCUGCACCCUCAGGCAGGUGGGAUGCAUUUCCAGCCAAAGGCUUCCCCAGUUGCCUAGCUCCUGGCCCACUGCACCAUCUCAUCUUCUAAGCUCAGAUUCAUAAAACCCGGGUGCCUUCGCAAAUCUAUUUUUCUAGGCCUGAGCACAGCUUUUCCGUCAACCACUAAGGCUGGAGGAAGAAGCUUUCUCUUGCCUUUCCUCCUCUCACUUCAAAACAGCAGCGGCGGCGGUGGUGAUGGUGGUGGUGUGGUGGUGAAUAAUAUCUCAGGGCCUGAUGGUUUUAAAUGGAAUGAUAAUUAGUUCCUUAUUAGCAUUUUGCUAAAUGUGAAUGACAAUCCUAGGCAUUUGCCGGAUAUAGAAGCAGCUACACUGGCUUGAUUUCCCUUUUUGCAUCCCAGGGCUUCAGGAGGAGAGAAGCAGAGGGGAGGGAAGGGAGUGGGACAAGGUCUCCACAGUCCCCUGUAGUAGCACAGCUGAGGGACACCUCAGCCUCUGAAAGCCAAUGUUCUCCGUCCCCCCACCUCCCUCAAAGGACAGCUGGCAGUAGAGGGGGCUUCUGCCAGUGCCGAGACCGAAACUGUUUUUCUCCAACUUUAUUUUGUUUUCAACUGAACCUGAGUAACUAGGGAAGAUAAUAUUCAUAUGAAAAGAAAAAAGAACCCGGCAAGAAUGCAUUUUAAUUUGGUUUUCAAAAAACUGCUGACAAUUUUCUCGAGAGGGUGGAAGCCUCAGUGUGGCUGAGUGUCUGGUAUAUAAAUAACUUGGGGGCAGGGCAGGGAGCACAAUAACUUUGUUUAGCACAAAAUUGAAUCAAGUGAAAAAGGAGGAGGAGAAGCAAAUAUUUUCCCCUAUCAGAGAAGAUGUUCUGAUUUCAUUCUGUAUUUCGUCUUUGUCUUCAAAAUUGAAAAAAUAAUCUGCGUCUUCUCUCAUUUAGGGGAAAGGCAGCCGUGACUAUGAGGGUGGCCGUUCAGGGUGGCAGUGCUGGGAAGCCAGCCACCCCCGCCCGCCAGGCAGGUUCUAGAAAUUCCCCACCCCUGAAAGCCUGAGCCCUGUUUUAUCAAAGGGAGGUUCAGUAAAAAAUCCCUUACCGUGGUGUCUUCCUCUUUUUAUUUAGUUCUUCGAGUUUGAUUCAGUUCAGCUAGUAUUGAAGCACCGAGACACUAUGACUAACUCCUUCAGCUGAUUCUGUCCGGGCUUUGAAAAUUCAGCGAUGUUAGUGGUUACCCAGACAGGUACCCUCAUGUUUUGGGGUAUCCCAGAGUGGAGCUGUGAUUAAAAUCAAUCUUGUAACCACGGACCCAAAAUGUACCAGACCACAAAAUUUUUCUAGUAGUCUACUCCUUUAGAAAAACAACCACCACCACCACCAGUCAGGUGCAAAAGGAUGGAAACAACCGUGUUUUAUUUACUGUUUGCCGGAUUCAGGCUGUUACUAUUUUGAGCAAGUAGUGAUUUUCAUUGCUGCCUUUGUACGUUUAGACCCUGCUGCUGCUUUAGACAACUCAUGUUAAGGUGGCAAAAUUCAGGCAGGUGUUUGUAGUUUUGUUUUUCUUUUCUCUGUAAUAUUUCUGAGACUUCAGAACAGCAAAAAUGCUGUAAAAGGGAAAUAUUAGAAAUGAGAAUCUGCAUGAGAAAGGGUGAUUCUGUGCCCACGAUUCUUUAAUUCUUUACACUGUUUUACCCAAAUGUGAUAUUACCAAAGCUAGGCAGAGCCGUGCUAGCAGAAGAUGUGAAAUCCAGAUAGCUCAUAAUCACUGAGGGCAAGGCAGCUUUGAUCUCCAAAUUGUUAUUGCUUUCAUUAUUAUUGUAACGGAACUGCCUUUUUCUUUUUUGUAUUGAAGAGGGGUUUUUAUCCCUUUAUUUUUAUAAGCUAGUAUAAAUGAAGGAAAAGUAUUUGUUUUCUCUGGGCUGUAGGCCUUGCUCAGUGCACACAGGUGUAUACCCUAAGCUUUCUCCGACCUCAAAUCUGUGGCGACUGAACAUGUGUCUGUUUCUGCAGCUCAUGUGCUGCCUUGUGUCUUCAAUAGUGCUGUUACUCUUCUGACACCGGUAGCCAUCUGCCACACGGCUAGACAUGAAAUGCUGGACAAUUGGGUAAACGUGACUACUCAUCCUGCUGGGUGGGAGAAGUUGAAAAUAGGUUCGUUUGAGGUCUAAAUAGAAGUGAUGAUGAAUUCUUGCAGCAUUAAUGAAAUAUUUAAAAAAAAAAUUUUUUUUUCUUUUUUUGGCGACUGGCCAGUGUGGAGAUUCGAACCCUAAAAAAUAUGUCAAAGGAGCAGCAUUGGCUGUGUCUAUGAGGUCUUUGGUCACUUAGAGCUCUUUGCUUGGAUGGGGCCUUGCCUUUGCAGUUGGUUUGCUAGGCUCCAAGGUCACACUGAGUCUGCCAUUUCCAUGCUGUCUCGGGAGGAAGGAAACUGGUCACCAUGGCAAGGUGUGGAAUCUGCUAAUGGAACCAGGUUGGGAGCCCACCUGGUGGUGAACAGAACCCAGCAGAGCAGCCUGGGCAUGGUCAUGGUUUGUGGGUUUCCUGAAGAAUGUUCAGGAAAUGUCUUGCCCAGCCGCUUUGGUGCUGAGCUGUAUCAUGUCAAUGCAGGUCCUUAAGGCCGACCCAGUUGGGGAGGAUUGUGACACCCAUCUGCAGGUGGGGUUGGUGAGAAAUCUGCCUUUAUUGGAGAUGCAGGGGUAACCCAUGAUCCUUUGGGGCAUGAGCCCCACACCCAACUUUCCUACACAGCGGUUGGCUGUGGGGCUGUUGCUUGGGGGGGGGCAGGCUCCAGUUCUGUGCCAGACACUCCCGAGCAUCCCCUAAUGGUCCUUCCAGCCUGGUGUCCUCAGUGUGGCCAGGUGCCAGCUCCGGGGAGUUUCUAUGGCAACCUUAAUGAUUAUUAAGGAACAUUGUCAGUUUUAUGAACAUAUGCUCAAAGGCGGAUCUACUUUAGAAGGAAAGGAUUGGAACAGCAUGUAGCAAGGCUGUUAGUUAAUAGAGAGACCUUACUGGAUGGAGAUCACAUCUGUUUAAUAGAAUACCUCAACUCUACAUUGUUUUUUUGGAGAGAAAUAAUAGUUUUAAGCAUUUUUUUUUCUUAAACCUAAUUACCUGAAAAGCUGAUGUCUGUAUAUGGGGCAAAGUGUCAGUAUGAUAUGUUUUUCAAUGUUUUUUCUUUUUACCAGCUAUUUUGCAUUUAAAGUAAAAAUUGUAAAUGUUUGAAAUAAAUAAUUUCUAGAAAUA